AUGGCGUCUGGCAGAGUUCUGCUUUCCAAUCACCGGAGUUUGCAACGGGCCUUCAAGCGGCAAUUACUCAAGUUUUGCGCCAGUCAAGCGCACCGAUCGACCCGAGAGCGCCGGUUUGGAAGAACUGGGGAAUCCUGCAAACACGUCUCGGGCUACUACGCGGACGGUCUAUCAGCUACAGACUCAGGUAGGAGGCUCACAGUCUCGGCAGAACACAG